UCUCAGCAAGAGGACAAAAGCGAAAGGCUAGAUGUGUGCCACUAUUGUGAAUAUUCUCAGCGUGUCACACCGUAAGGUAACAUUUUGCGACUCUCUAAUAUUUUAGGAUUUGCUCACAGGUGGUAUUUUGUACAAAAAAGUGGGUUAAUUGGACUUUAGGACUUGUUGGCUCAUUUCUCCGGCAUUUUUACGCGCUGUGCCAGUGCGGCUGUUGGCGCACCUGAGUCCCGCUGUUCAGUUUGUGCAGCGUCAACAUGAAUUGAAUCCACUUGUAACAGAUCAGUAACUAAAGUAUGGUGGUGACAGUGCAAAGCGGUGACAUACCUGGCACUGGGAAACUUGGUGAAUGCCUAAUUUCUGAGCAUGGAAUAGCGGCAGUCCAGGUGGCAUCACGGAGAGCUGAUGUGGACUGAUGUGGCCAUUUGGCAGAGCGCACCAGUUUGACGCCAGCUGGGAUUUGACAGAGCACAGGACUUAGAGAUGCCAGAGAAACCUUUGUGAAACAAUCCCCGGCUACUUUAACCUGGAUUCAACACGGGCUUCCCAAAGCGAUGGCCUCUGAAGUGGUGUGUGGACUAGUCUUCAGGUUACUCCUGCCAGUGUGUCUUGCAGCCGCUUGUCUGUUCAGGUACAAUGGCCUGUCCUUCGUCUACCUCAUAUAUCUACUGCUUAUUCCACUCUUCGCAGAGCCCACAAACACAACAAUGCAGGGCCACACAGGGCGUCUGCUCCAGUCCUUGUGUUUCACCAGUGUGACCUUCCUGCUGCUCCACAUCAUCUAUCAGAUCACCGUCAACAGCCUGCUGGCCAGGAACUCCAUCGACUCUGGCUUCAACUGUUCUGCAUGGGAGAAAUCCCUAAGGCAAAUUGGCUUCGAGAGCGUGAUUGGUGCAGAUGCGGGGAAUGGCAUUCGAGUGUUCAUCCCUGAUAUUGGGAUGUUCAUGGCUGGCCUGGCCAUCUGGCUGCUGUGUCGCAGUCUGGUCCAGAAGAGGCCAUCUGAGGACAUGGCCCAGUACAACGCUGACUUCGAACCGGAGGAACAAGAUGAGGAAGAGAAGCUGAGCCUGGAUGACAACAUCCUGCUAGAGGAGGACUAUGAAGCGGGGUACGAGGCCGAGGAGGAUGACGAGCUGUAUGACGAGGAAGAGGAGGAAGAAGAGGAGGAGGUGAAGGAGAGCACCAAGAUGAAGAUCCUGCGGAUUGUGGCUGGGGUUGCAUCCAAAGUGAAAGAGGUCAUAGGGAACUUGAUCACCACAGCUGGACAGGUGGUGGUCACCAUCUUGUUGGGCCUGACAGGCAUCAUGCUGCCCUCGUUGACCUCGGCUGUUUACUUCUUUGUCUUCCUGUUCCUGUGUACCUGGUGGUCUUUCUGCCGGACCUUUGACAACCUCAUCUUCAGCUGUAUGUGUGUCCUGAUGGCCAUCUUCAGCGCUGGCCACCUCAUUGUCCUCUACCUCUACCAGUUCCAGUUCUUCCAGGAGUCCAUCCCGUCACAUGACGGCUACAUAAGUUUAUUUGGUAUCUCCUCCAUCAUUCAGACCGACUGCUCUCAGACAUGGAAGCUCAUUGUGAACCCAAAACUGAAAUGGCACCACUUUGUUAAUCCCAUCAUGCUGCUGGUUCUCUACUACACCCUGGCUACACUCAUCCGUCUCUGGCUGCAGGAACCCAUUCACCAGCCAUCGGACGAUGAGGUCAGUGAUACGAAUGAGGAGGAAGAGUUGGUCGGAAAUGGAACAAAUAACUCAGCCGACAAGAAGAGACAGCUCUGGUGGAAAUCACACCAGGGCACUGACGAGAAAAAUCUGCUCUCCACCCAGGAUGGCUUCAGCACAACUGAGGCUGUGCUGUCUUCAAAUGGGACCUCGUUUGACUUCAUCGCAACCGAGAAUGGACCGGUCAGUCUGGACCUGUACUCCACUCCCCAGUAUAAAACAGACCAGUGCAGUGCCAUUACAGAGAAGAAGGAGGAAUGUGUGUAUGAAGUGUGUUUGCCCCCGGAGGAGUCAGCGCUGGAAGGAGGAGAGGAGCACAAAGGAGGAGAGGAGGAGGAGGAGGAGAAGAAAACAGGAACAAACGCUGUGGUGACUGUCUUCCGCUUCAUCAUGAAACAGAGCUACAUCUGUGCUCUGAUAGCCAUGAUGGCAUGGAGCAUCACAUACAUCAGCUGGCUGACAUUUGUCUUCCUAAUGUGGUCCUGUAUGCUGUGGAUGGUGAGGGACCGGCGGCGCUAUUCCAUGUUAACUUCACCCUUCAUGGUGAUGUAUGGCAACCUGGUGCUGAGCCUACAGUACAUCUGGAGCUUUGAGAUCCUGGGUAAGGUCCCAGGGCUCUUCUUGGAUCCAGACGUCCCUUUCACUGAGCUGGGCUCCAAGAUCGUGUUUCUUUUGAGCUUCUGGCUGCUGCUGAGACAGACACUGACAGAAAGACAGGAAAGACUAAAAGAAGACGACACUGGUCUCUUGGACAUUCAUGUGGAUGCGCACAAAGAAAAAGAUGGAGAGGACACUGAGGAGGGAGGGGAGCAGGACAUCAUGCAGGUACUGGGCAACAUGAUCAUGGCUUUGUUGGUCAAGUACUGGAUCUACAUCUGUGGUGGCAUGUUCUUCUUUGUCAGCUUCGAGGGACGCAUCGUUAUGUACAAGAUCAUCUACAUGAUGAUGUUCCUCUUUUGUGUGGCGCUCUACCAGGUGCACUAUGAAUGGUGGCGAAGGAUCCUGAAAUACUUCUGGAUGUCAGUGGUGGUGUACACCAUGCUGGUGCUCACCUUGGUCUACACCUGCCAGUUUGAAACCUCGCUGCCCUUCUUGUCCAACAUGACUAACAUGGACAUCGAGAGCCUGAAGGACCUGGGCUUGGAGAAGUACUCUGUUGCCAUGCUGUUCAGCAGGAUUUUCAUCCCCACCUCCUUCCUGCUGGUGUGUAUCCUCCACCUCCACUACUUCCACGACCGCUUCCUCCAGCUCACCGACCUCAAGGCUGUGGCAGCCAAAGAGGACAGCACUAUCUACAGACUGGUGCAUCCAAACGACAGCCUGGCAGACCUCACCAUGCUCAGCAACUCCUCAGUCGACGCAGCGCUGCCCAGGGAGGAGGAGAAGCAGGAGACAGUGAAAGUGAGGGAGGGUGAGAAGGAGAAAGAGGAAGCUCUGGUGGUGGUGAUGGAUGAUACUGAUGGGAUGAAGCCCAGGAGCUUCUCAGACCCACGGCAGUCUAGCACAGAGGAGAGCCGGCACUGCAGUGUGGGGACUGAGCCAGAGCCUAGCACCGAACAGAGCUCAGAUCUGAGAAAUAAAUGGCACUUGGUCGUCGACCGUCUGACUGUGCUCUUUCUCAAGUUCCUGGAAUAUUUCCACAAGCUGCAGCUCUUCGUCUGGUGGCUGCUGGAGAUCCACAUCAUCAAAAUCGUAUGCUGCUACAUCAUCAUGGUCACUGUCAAAGAGGUGUCUUUGUUCAACUGUGUGUUCCUGGCGUCCUGGGCCUUUGCUCUGCCCUACAGCCAGUUCCGGCCUCUGGCCUCCAGUGUUUGCACUGUCUGGACGUGUGUCAUCAUCAUCUGUAAAAUGUUGUACCAACUCAAGUCUAUAGACCCGACCUCCUAUUCCAAGAACUGCUCCAUGCCAGGGAGCUAUACAAAAGACCAAAAGGAUGAGAUGCGAAACUCGGUGCUGUAUAAAGCACCUGUGGAUCCAGUCAACUGGGUGGGCCUCAAGAAGUUCGACCCCCUGCUGGACUACCUCAGGAACAACCUGUUGAUGCUGGCUAUCCUGGCAUUCGAGGUGACCAUUUACCGUCAUCAGGAAUACUUCAGACUGAGGAACAAAUUAUCGCCUCCUGCUGCCAGGAUUAUCUUUCAUGAUAUCACACGGCAGCACCUGGACAACGGCAUUGUCAAUUUCAUCAAGUACUUCAUCAACUACUUCUUCUACAAGUUUGGACUGGAAACAUGCCUGCUGUUGGUGGUCAAUGUAAUUGGGCAGCGUAUGGACUUCUACGCCAUGCUUCAUGCCUUUGCCCUGAUAGCAGUCAUGUACAGACGCAGGCGGAAGGCCAUCGCUGAGAUCUGGCCCAAGUACUGCUGCUUCCUUGCCUGCAUGCUGACUUUUCAGUACUUUGUGUGCGUUGGGAUCCCUCCUGCAGCCUGUAAAGACUAUCCCUGGAGGUUUCCCAACUCUACAACAGACUCUAAUGUGGUCAAAUGGCUGUAUGUUCCCGAUUUCCUCACCGAGCCCAAUCCGAUGUUUCUCAUCUAUGACUUCAUGCUCCUGCUGUGUGCCUCUCUGCAGCGGCAGGUCUUCGACGAUGAGAACAAGGCGGCAGUCCGCCUUAUGGCCGGAGACAACGUGGAGAUCUGCAGAGACUUGGACGCAGCCACUUUUAGCGUCCACAACCCUGUCCCCGACUUCAUCUACUGCAGGUCCUACCUCGACAUGCUGAAGGUCAUCAUGUUCAGCUACCUGUUCUGGUUCGUCCUCACAAUCAUCUUCUUCACGGGAACCACACGCAUCAGCGUUUUCUGCAUGGGCUACCUGGUGGCCUGCUUCUACUUCUUGCUCUUUGGUGGCGAGCUGCUGCUUAAGCCAAUCAAAAAGAUCCUCCACUACUGGGACUUCCUCAUUGCCUACAAUGUGUUUGUAAUCACUAUGAAGAACAUUUUGUCUAUUCUAGCCUGUGGGUACAUCAACUCUCUUGUAGAACACCAGUGCUGGUUAAUCCAGCUGUUAAGUCUGGCCUGCACCAUUAAGGAUUAUGACAUCAAGGAGAUUUCCCUACCUCCUGAGAAGCAUUGUGAGCAGCCCAGUAACGAGGCAGGGAUCAUCUGGGACAGUAUCUGCUUUGCCUUUCUGCUGCUGCAGAGACGAGUCUUCAUGAGCUACUACUUCCUCCAUGUGGUGGCUGAUAUCCGUGCAUCACAGAUCCUCGCAUCCAGAGGGGCGGAGCUCUUCCAGGCCACCAUAGUGAAGGCAGUGAGAGCCAGACUGGAGGAAGAGCACAAAUCCAUGGAACAGCUGAAGAGACAGAUGGAGCGCAUUAAGAUGAGGCAGCAGAAGUUUAAGAGGGGGAAGGAGAAGAUGAUGAGCUUGGCCCAGGAGUCUGCAGAUGGGGAGACGCUGAUCCAUCCUGAGGAGGAUGAUGAUGAUGGAGCAGAGCGAACGAAAGCCAAGACCAAAAAAAAGCAGUGGUGGAGGCCGUGGGUUGACCAUGCUUCCAUGGUUAGAAGUGGAGACUAUUACUUGUUUGAAACCGACAGUGAGGAAGAAGAGGAAGAGGAGGAGAAGAAAGAGGAUGAGCCACCAAAGAAGUCGGCAUUUCAGUUCCUUUACCAUGCAUGGAUCACAGACCCCAAAACAGCUCUGAAGGAACGAGGCAAGGAAAAGCGCAAAUUUUGGAAGAAGUACACCAGGGGAGUUAAACACAGGAAAAGCAAGAAAGAUAGUCAUGUGGCCAUCGAGGUUGGGGAGCUGUCAGAUGGCCAAGAUGGAGGAGAAGAGAAGAAGAAGUCUCGCGGUCCAGACAACAUCAUCAAGCGAGUGUUCAACAUCAUUAAGUUUACCUGGGUGCUGUUCCAGACCACCGUCGACAGCUUCACCAAGUGGAUGAAUGACAUGUGCAGAGAGCAUAUUGACAUCUCCACCGUUCUGCGUAUCGAGCGCUGCAUGCUAACCCGAGAGGUCAAAAAGGGUAACGUCCCAUCCAGGGAGAGCAUCCAGGUCUACUACCAGAAGGCUAUGAGGCUCAACAUGUCCAGGCAGUCCAGUCUGGAUCCGCUCAGUGAAGAUGAGUCGGUCUCAGGCUCCCACAGGGUCCGCAGGAGGCGAGAGGGCUACCGCAUGGAGAGCCAGGACUCCAUGGCCUCCAGAGACAGCAUGUCCAGUGAAGCCACCCAGUGCAUCACGCUCUACUCCAGACAGGGAACCACAGACACUAUCGAGGAGGUGGAGGAUGAGCAGGAUCAAGGGGAGGACAGGCAGCAGGGGCCCUGGGAGUCCACACAGCUGGAGGAGAGUCAGGCGGCUGAGGGUAGCCCCUGGGAGGAUGGAGAACCCAGGGAAGAGGAGGAGGAGCAGGGUCAGGAGGGAGCAGUGGACCAGGUUGGACAUGGGGUUUCUUGGGAGUCCUUUGGCCCAGAUGAGGGCCCCUCCCUCAGGGUGGACGAGGCAGAGUCUGCCCCAUCUGUCCAGGAGAAGGACUUCACAACUGACAGUGAGGAUGGGGGAGGACGGCUGGACUACAUGCAGACAGAGGGGCAGGCAGGGCUGCUCUACACCCCCGAUACAGAUGCCUCCAAAACAUCUGAUGCUGAGGUUCCUCCUAGCUACAGCAAGGCAGUCAGUUUUGACCGUCUGGAAGUUAGUGAUGAUGAGAGUGACCUGGAUAGAAAGAGGCUGAUGGUAAUGACCCCAGACAGCCGCUCAGACAGCAGGUCAGACAUAAUGCUGCCCUCAAUGACCACCGAGCUGACCGCCAGUGAACUGCUGCUCAAUAAGAUGUUUUACGAUGAGGAGCUAGAGAAGUCAGACAAAUUCUACCAAGGCCAGCCUCUGAUCUUCCAGCUCUGCUAUGCCCUGUACAACAUGCUGGUGGCCCACUCAGAGAUGGUUUGCUACCUGGUCAUCAUCAUCAAUCACAUGGUGUCCGCCUCCUGUGCCACCCUGGUUCUUCCCAUCACCAUCUUCCUCUGGGCCAUGCUGUCUGUGCCCCGGCCCAGCAAACGCUUCUGGAUGACUGCCAUCAUCUAUACUGAGGUUACCAUUGUCAUCAAAUACUUCUUCCAGUUUGGCUUCUUCCCCUUCAACCAGGACAAGCGGGAGAGGAAUAAACCAUAUCACCCUCCCAACAUCAUUGGUGUGGAGAAAAAGGACGGUUAUGUCCACUAUGACCUGGUCCAGUUACUGGCUCUCUUCUUCCACAGAUCCAUCCUGAAGUGCCAUGGUCUCUGGGACGAGGAUGACCCUAAAGAAAAGAAAGAGCUCCUCCAUCGGGACGAGUCUGAGGAUGAGGGGAAAAGCCAGGAGGACAGUGAGAAAGAGAAGGAACCCGCUCCGUCCCUGACCCACGAGAGGAAAGGCUCCACCCAAACCUUGAAGUCCAUCAACUUCGGGACGUCUGUAGAUUCAGGGCAUGUUCAGGUGCCCUACCCCCAACAGCAGACCUACCAGCGCCGCAAGAGCUCCAGUGGAGGCUCACACCUUUCUCACCGAUCUGCCCGCUCUUCUGUCAGGUCCAAGAGAGGAAGCACCCUCUCCCGCAGCAGCAGCCGGAGGGAUGGCAGUGAGGCCGGUGUCCAGCAAAAGAGCCGCAAACAGAUGAUCAUGGAGAAGCUGAGAGAGCAGCUCAUCAAAGGGAAAAAGUUUGCCAUCAAGCGAACCCUGGAGAUCUACCGGCCCAUUCGCCAGUUCUUCUACAACCUGAUCCAUCCGGAGUACAGUGCUGUAACAGACGUCUAUGUGCUGAUGUUCCUCGCUGACACCGUCGACUUCAUCAUCAUUGUGUUUGGAUUCUGGGCAUUUGGUAAACACUCGGCUGCAGCAGACAUCACAUCGUCUCUGUCGGAGGAUCAGGUGCCGGGACCCUUCCUGGUCAUGGUGCUGAUCCAGUUUGGGACCAUGGUGGUAGACCGGGCGCUCUACCUCAGAAAGACUGUCAUGGGCAAGGUCAUCUUCCAGGUCAUCCUGGUCUUCGGUAUCCAUUUCUGGAUGUUCUUCAUCCUGCCAGGAGUCACAGAGAAGCGUUUCAGCGAGAACACGGUUGCUCAAAUGUGGUAUUUUGUCAAGUGCAUCUACUUUGGCCUUUCAGCCUAUCAGAUCCGCUGCGGCUAUCCCACUCGUGUCCUGGGAAACUUUCUCACCAAGAGCUACAAUUAUGUCAACCUCUUCCUGUUUCAAGGGUUCCGUCUGGUGCCUUUCCUGACAGAGCUGAGAGCGGUGAUGGAUUGGGUCUGGACCGACACCUCACUGUCCCUCUCCAGCUGGAUCUGUGUCGAGGACAUCUACGCUCACAUCUUUGUUCUCAAAUGUUGGAGGGAGUCUGAAAAGAGGUACCCCCAGCCUCGUGGUCAGAAGAAGAAGAAGGUGGUGAAGUACGGGAUGGGAGGGAUGAUCGUGAUGCUGCUAAUCUGUAUCGUCUGGUUCCCGCUGCUCUUUAUGUCCCUCGUCAAGUCUGUAGCUGGAGUGGUCAACACACCUCAGGACGUCUCCCUCACAAUCACCCUCGCCGGCUUUCAGCCUGUCUUCACCAUGAGUGCUCAGCAAAAACAGCUGAAAACUGUGAGUGCAGAUGCUUUCAAGUCAUUUGUGGAGACAUUUGAUAAGGAAGCGCUGCAGUGGCUGGAUGCUUACACGGCAGAGGACCUGACCAUCGCUGAGUUGAAGGGCAGCUCGAACUCGCUGUGGACCAUCAGCCCUCCCAGCAGAAACAACCUGAUGGACAUGUUGAACUCUUCUAACGAGGAGUUCCCCAUCACAGUGUCCUGGUCCGUUCAAAGGAACCUCAGUCUUGGUGCUAAAGCUGAAAUAGCCUCAGGAAAAGAGGUAAAACAUCUAGAUGACGACACAAAGAAGCAGCUCAUUGAAGUGUUAAAGGGAACCACAAAACAAGUGGUCUUAAAAGAGAUAUUCCCACGAUAUCUGAGAGCGCCCAGCAACUCGGAGGCCAGUGCUGUUAACCAGCUUCAUACAAAAGGAGCAGAUGACGUGUUUAUGGACUUAACUGUGUCUUUGGAGCGUCGGGAUAAUGACUCACAGAUCCAGGAAUGGUGGAUUGUCAACCAGACAGAACUGGGUCUGAUAAAAAAGAAGAACCCCAAGUAUGAUAAGUGUCUGCACAUCUACGUGUUCAGUGACAAAGUCAGCCCGCCCAGCCUGGGCUUUCUGGCUGGAUAUGGGAUCAUGGGCCUGUAUGCCUCAGUGGUUCUGGUCAUUGGCAAGUUUGUGCGCGAGUUCUUCAGCGGCAUCUCCCACACCAUCAUGUUCGAGGAGCUGCCCAACGUGGAUCGCAUCCUCAAGCUGUGUACCGACAUCUUCCUGGUGCGAGAGACAGGGGAGCUGGACCUGGAGGAGGACAUGUACGCGAAACUCAUCUUCCUCUACCGCUCGCCGGAGACCAUGAUCAAGUGGACCCGGGAGAAAACUCAGUGAAACCUCCUGCCCCGCACAACGACGUGGGGGACAUGACUAGUUAAACCGAGUCAGAGCUUUCAGACAGGGGCCCCUCAUUCAGUGAUACUGGGUGGUCGGGUUAUACAGUCGCUAAAUCGCUCUGUUGGUGUGAGCAGCUAUCAGUUCCCCUGUGUACCCACUGUGGGUGCACAAAACAGUCAAGGACUAACUUGGUCUUUGUCUUUUUACUCGUCAGCUCUGAUGGCGGUGGUAGAGUGUUAAUUAAGGGCUUCCCACCAAUAUGUACACAAUAAUAAACAGAUGAGCACAAACUCAUAUUUUCAAUCUUCUCCAACUGGAACUCUUGGAUUGUGGGGUUGUGCAAUAUUGAGCUCUCAUCCUGCAAGACCGGCUGCUUUGAAGGAUGUGGACAGAAUGAAAAGGCCGUGUCUGACCUGAAUAUACUACACAUAAACCCCUUCUUUUUGUAAACGUCAGAGGCUAUAAGAGAGCCAAUCCAGAGGCACAACGCAAAUACAUUAUCAGACAAUCUUUACUUGCCUUAUUUUGUUUAUAUGAAUAACUGAGAUUAUCAGUUAUGAACUACAUAUCUUUCUCAGGAAGAGCUGUUUUCACCACGAGGAAAUUAACACAGAUAUUCAUUGUGUAUGUUCAAAUGUUCAGAGCUGACACAUGAUACACAAUAUGUAAGCUUUGAUGGAUCUACAAGAAUAUGAAAUAGAGAACUAUUUAAAUAGCAUGAGAUAUAAUGUGGAUAAUGUUGGAAAAUCUGGUGCACUAGACUAUAUGCCUGGUAUGUUAACUGCACAAGGGAACAGUUCAAGGCUGUAUUCUAAGAAACUGAAGAAAUCACUUUGGACAUUUUUUCCUCACAGUGAAUGGGAUUAAUUGCUAAUCAUAUUCUGCAUUAUCUCCUGGUUGGCCAGAGUCUCACCCAGGGGAGGGCUAUUUUUGAAUCAGGGUAUCAUGUGCAUCAAGUGGUAGACUCUUGCACAUCAUUUGCAAACCUUUCACUGUUUUUAACAUCAAACUCAUGAACACCAUGGCACCCAAAGCCAGGCUUUCAGUCAGCAAAAUAAAAAUGAAGACAGACGAAACAACCUUUUUGCUCACAUGAGGGGCUUUAACCUUCAAAGCCCUUUGGUCCAAACUAUGCAUUAGAGGACAUUGUAGCAUGAAAGAAAUGUUUCAUUAUUGUCAUGACUAAUUUUCUGUACAUGUACAUACCAUUUUAGGGGAGGGGUUAGGGUGGAAUGAUACCUGUAUGUUAAGGCAAUGUGCUAAAAUAAGGGUUGAGAUCUGCAAAUAAAGCAUCUGGAAAGGUGUCAAGGUUCA